AAAACCGACGCUUUCCGACGAAUGUGCGAGCUGCCUCCUUGCAAGCAGCCAUAAUUGGGAUUAUUCAGGAAUAAUUCGCCUAAUCCAGCCGUGCUCUUUUUUUCCUCCUCUUUUUUUUCUUUCUUUGUAAAUCGUGAUUUCGACAGCGUCUACGAUGUGAAGUCCUGUGUGGCAUCGCUGGAUUUGACAAAAAAAAAAAAAAUCAAAAACAGCAAAAAAUGCAUCUGUUCUGUCAUGGAGGGUUUCAUUGUGGACCAUUUAAGAUGUAGUCCACCUUCGCUGGACAGCAAAACAAAGACUGCAUAGUAACAGUACAGGGUAAAUACCUUUUUUUGUGACUGAAAGAUGGAAAAAAGAGACGUAUCGAGGCUGUUGUCUGUGUGGACUAAUUGUCCUGCUGCCCCUAGCCAAUAUACACGCCAAGACGAUUCAUUUAGGGGAUGCGCGAUCUUUUUUUCCUCUCCAACGUUUGUGGGUGGGUUAUUAUAAGCAUUGAAAAUCUGACAUCAUUUGGAUAUACGAAUAGAGCAAGAUAUGUUUUUUAUCGCGUGUGUUUCUCGCCUGCUGGAAGCCCAUCUUCGACGUGAUGCAACGUAAAAUCUGUUUUCUCGGAUGAUAUUCAGACCAAACGAACAUCUCUGUGAAACUGUAAGAGAGAGAGAGAGAGAGAAAAAAGGGGUGGCGGUGGAUAUUUUCUCAUACAUAUCUCUUAAAUGUGGCAGAGUUCUCGUCCUGGAUUGUUUGAUCAGCUGUUGAUUAUUAGAUAGCCCUCUGCCGUCUUAUGUUUAUUAUGUUGCUCAAUUCGAUUUUCCUGCGCGAUGGAUUUAUGCAUAACAGGUGUUGCUUGAGAGCACGGCAAGAGCAUGAGGCUUUAUUAUGUGUUUUUCUCUCGAUCUGACAAACAGUGAAACAAAGCGACUGGGAUCCUUUUUUUUUUUUUUUUUUUUUAAACCGUGAGGGAAGAUCAGAUCCCCAAAAAAUGAGGGGAUGAAAGGUGGUGAGGUUGUGGACAAAGAGGAAAGAUGAUUCUGUCCUGUAGAAAAGACCCUUACGGCCUCUCCUUGUAAAGACGAGAGAGCCGUGGGAGACGACGGCUGUAGGAGGAUCAGUACUGUUUUUAAAGGGCCCAAACCAGGCAGGCUCUCGCGGAAGGUGAUAGAAUGGCUAACCAGAGCUUUGCCAUCGAUGGCCCUGGCAGUUUGCUGGCUGUGCUGGCUUCACAGAGUGGACUGGCAAGAGGCGGCAGCAGCAGCAGCAGUGAUAGCAGCAGCAACAGUGGAGGAAUCUCUGCCACAGAUGUGUCUGCCUACUUUAAGCUGGUCUUCUUGGGGUUGAUCAUCUGUGUCAGCCUGGUAGGCAACCUCUUGGUCUCCCUGCUGGUCCUGCGAGACAGGACACUUCACAAGGCUCCCUAUUUCUUUCUCCUGGACCUGUGCCUGGCCGAUGCAGUUCGCUCUGCUGCCUGCUUCCCCUUUGUGCUGGUUUCUGUCCACAACAGCUCGGCCUGGACUUACAGUGCCUUGAGUUGUAAAGUUGUGGCUUUUAUGGCUGUGCUGUUUUGUUUUCAUGCUGCCUUCAUGCUCUUUUGCGUGGCCGUCACCCGCUACCUUGCCAUCGCCCACCACCGAUUCUACGCCAAACGCAUGACCAUCUGGACCUGCGCCGCCAUCAUUUGCAUGGUGUGGACUCUGGCAGUCGCCAUGGCGUUCCCACCUGUCUUUGACGUGGGGACUUAUAAGUUCAUCCGUGAUGAGGAUCAGUGCAUUUUUGAACACCGCUACCUGAAGACCAACGACACCCUGGGUUUCAUGCUCAUGCUGGCUGUGGUGGUUCUGGCCACUCACGGUUUCUACGCCAAGCUGCUGCUGUUUGAGUACAGGCACCGCAAGAUGAAACCCGUCCAACUGGUGCCAGCUAUCAGCCAGAACUGGACCUUCCACGGUCCUGGGGCCACAGGUCAAGCCGCAGCUAACUGGAUCGCAGGGUUCGGUCGUGGUCCCAUGCCACCCACUCUGCUGGGCAUCAGGCAAAAUUUACACAAUCAGCACCGGCGGCUGCUGGGGAUGGAAGAGGUUCGGUCAGAGAGGAGGCUGGGCAGGAUGUUCUACACCAUCACCCUGCUCUUCCUGGUCCUCUGGGCACCCUACAUCGUGGCGUGCUUCUGGAGGGUCUUCGUUAAGUCCUGCACCAUCCCACACAGGUACCUUUCCAUCACGGUGUGGAUGAGCUUCGCCCAGGCCGGAGUCAACCCCAUCUUCUGUCUCCUGCUCAACGAGGACCUGAGGAAAGUGCUGAGAGCUCACCUGCCCACAUACUGGAGGACUAAACAACAUCUGCCCCAGGACGAGGCCUACUGCAUUAUGUGAGAAGAAAUGAGCUGAAUGAGGGGAAUGUUUCAGGUUUUAAAGGGAGAAAAGAAGUAUUGUAAUGCACCUUGGUUAAGUGUCAGUGUCUGUUUUGUUGUUUUGCACAACAAAAUCAAAUUUUUGCUAACAAAUGCAGGCACAGUGCCGUUGUAUGAAGAAUGUGGAUAUUUUAAUAAAUGUGUCAGUUGCAAAAGUUUGAACAGGGCGAUAGAAAAGCCCAGAAAACACUUUAAUGGUUUGUAUUUCUGAUGAUGUACUGUAUGAUUGAUAAAUAGGAAAAGAUCACAACAAUCACCACUCCAACUAAGUGUGACAGAUGCCAUUUUAAAAUAACGUUGCCUUAUUUCAGAGGGACACGCCCCAGAGCUUUCAGCUGAGAAUUAGUAUCUGUGUCACAUGAGGCACAAAACAGAAACAGAGAGGGUUGAAAUCCUUGAAGAAAUGUGCCGUGGACUGUGAAUAGAAAGUGUUGAUCAGUGUUACUAACUCUGAAACACAUCAAGGAACUCAAAGGGUCUUAAUGGAUUGAUAGACCACCCUGGACGCAUUUUCAUGUAAUUCAAAGGAGACUGCAGAAAAUCAAGUGGACCCAAUAACCUUGGAUACAUUUAAAUAGCUGUUGUGAACCCAGAAGCCCCUAACAUGUUUGAUUUUUUGGACUUGAUUUAGGGCGUGUCAGGUUUCUUUGUAUCAUAAAGAAAAAAAUGCCUGUUUUCCUUUAUUUGUAAACAAUACAUGUUAAGCAGAUGACACUAUUUUGAAAUAUGACUUGAUUUCAUAUUGUAUAGACUGUACAGGAAUGUGUAUUCCUGCUUGUGUUUUUAUAUAGCAUUUUUGUGUAUGUGUAUGAGAGAGAGAAGAGGGGAGGGAGGCAGCGAGAGAACAACAGAAAUAAUGAUGAUAAAAUAGGUUCCAGUGACACUGAAUCAAUAUGAACGCAGCCUCAUCUUGUGGUCUCAAAAUCAUGCAAAAUUGAGCAAUGAAAAUAUGGGAAUUUGUCGUUUAAAUGGAUUUCUGCAACUGAAAAUGUAGUCAAUUUUUUUUUAAUGCUAAUGUGCAAGCAAAUGUGAAAUACAUACGGAUAAUGAAAAGGGAGACAGAAUAAUUAGAAAGCAACACUUGUAUUUUGCGAACAGACCAUAGGAUUUAAUGACUUGAAUAAUGAUGUAUAUUACGUCAUGUUAAAAAAUCAUUAGCAAAUGUACAUUUAUUUGCAAAUGAUGAUCUUGGGAAUGUUUUGAAGUACUGUUAUGCUCUCAACAGGAAAAAAAAAUGUGGAAAAGAAGUGGCACUUAAUGCGAAGGAAACUUGAAUGUUACCAGGCCCUCUUAUAUUUCCCCUCAGCAUAAAUGUUACCAUUUGAGUGUCUGGGUCACGGUAUGUUAACAUCCUCAUGGCUGGAUACAACCCCAGUGCGUGCUGUAUGGAAACUGGCUUAGACUACACUGAGCUAUCUCUCCAAAUUAAGAUUCAUGUAAUGCAAACAUCUGACCUACAGUAUGUUAGGCAUAGGUAUCUUUGUGCAGUCAAUUUUCUAAAUGUGGACACUUGCACAGCAUACCGUACUAGCAUGCAUUCCACUGCAUUUCAUAGAUUCAAGACUGGGGAUUACAACUUGUACAGAUGUUGAUAUGGAAAGUGAAAAAUGAACAGAGGUCCAUAAUUUUUACGUCUGGCACUCCUUCGCGAGAUGAUAUUCUGUAACUGUACAGUUUAACUGAGGUGGUUCUUUUGCCCACUCAUCAAUAAAGACUCUACUUUUGAUGCACUCUGA